UCGAGGGCAAACUAUAUCCGUAUGCGAUUGUGUUUCAAUUUUUCGUGACCAUAGUUUUUUUUCGGCUCAACAGGUUUCGACCCAAAGUUUGUCGCCUUUGUUGCCGCUCGGUAACUGAUUUCCAUUUUUCAAGUUAUUUUUAGGCAAUUUUUCAUAAUUUUUUUUCUUGUCUUUUUCCAUUCUAUAUCUUGUAGUGCAAGUGUUGCGAAGCUGCGCUUUGACUCAGUGUAAAUACUUUGCUCUGAUUAGCAAGCCGAGUCAGAUUAUAGGUUUUUAAAUAGACAGUAGUUUUUAUGUGGAAUCUUGUUUAAGGUUGGUUGCGUUAAUUCAGUUAAUUACACAAGCGUUUCGUUGCCUCUGUUCGGACAAGUAUGUCUGGGUUGGGAGGCAGUGUAGGCUGGCCUUCCUGCUACUCUCCGCUGGUCACUUCCCAGUGGCUGUCAGUGGAUGCUCCCCACAGUGAGGCUGACUCAGUCAAGGCACUUGAAGAUGCACACAAGGCGAAGAUGGAUUCCAUUGCCAAGUUCAACGCCCGUAUAAUACCGAUUGGAAAGACUGAGGCAGACUCGUUGACUUCAAUGGGGCCCAAUGGGGAGGACGAGGGCGCAGUGGGUGGGGAGGGGGAUGGCACCAAUGAUAGCGAAGAAGGUGCCGAAGUGGACAGUUCCCGAGGGGGAGAUGAAGAGCAGGACGAUGACGAUGACGAGGAAAUGUAUGAAUCAUCAGAUCAGGGUAUGGAGAGUCUGGAUUUCGACCAGUGAUUUUGGACUCACGGAAACGACAUCACUAUGGAAAUCGAAAACAUUUAUGAAGCUCAGUGAUAUCAAAACACGUUUUUUGUACUAUUGUAAUUUAAUUUGGUAGACUUGA